AUUGGCCAUGCGCAUUCCUAUUCAAAUAAUCCUUCUCAAAUUAGCAACCACACAACAUAUAUAAACACUUGAUCAAACACAACCAUAACAAAAACAAGAAACUAGUACUCAAAAAAAUAUAUAUAUCACCCCACUCCCAAACUAAAACACCAAAAAAUGAAAUCGGUUUCAUGUCUCUUCUUCCUCGUACUCAUCCUCGCGAUCUGGCCUCGUCGAAUCCUAACUCAUGGCAGAAAUAAAAAUAACCACACUGACGUACUGACUGAAGCUUGCGGAAAAACGCCCUACACGGACCUAUGCAUAUCGUCCAUCAAGGACGACGAUGAGAACCCCGGAUCCGACCUCCACGACGUGGCCCAGAUCGCGGUCAAGAUCGCGUGGAUAAACACCUCGGAGGCCCAGGACCAGAUGAAGAAGAUGCUCGACACCGCGUCCCUGCCCUACAUACAGCAGUGCCUCAUGGACUGUGACGCCACUUACGACGACGCGGUCGCCAACCUCGAGGAGUCCUACGGGGCAUUCGACACGAAAGGGUACAGCGACAUCAUCACGUGGGUGGCGGCCGCAAUGGUGGACCCGCAGACGUGUGAGGAUUACUUCAAGGACAUCCCGGGGUACACCUCGCCCGUGACGAGCAUGAACAAUGUGGUUAUGCAGCUUUGUAGCAAUGCCUUGGCCCUCACCAAACUUGUGGCAGAUGGGAAAAAUUGACCUCGAAAUGGUCAAUAUAUAUAUCUUUUAUUUAAGAAGACCGAAGCCAAUAUUACAGUGACACAAGAGGGAGAGAGAGCAAUAUCGAGGACUUUUGAGAGAGAGGGAA